AAAAAAAAAAAUUGUCUGGCUAAUGGGUCAGUCCAGGAUAAAGGUCCUAGUCUCUGUGUCUCAAUUUCUCAAUGUAUCUUUAUGGACUCUAUAAAGUCAUGGGUGCAACGGCAGACGGCGUCUUAUGUGACCCCACACUAACGCUUUUCUUCAGUUCGUUUCUUUAGCUACUUCAAAGGGAAAACUGAGCAAGAACUCAGCUCAAAUCCCCUCUUUUCUGCAACUCUCUUCCUCUCCAUGGCAACUCCUCCUGCACAAGCACAAGAAACUGCAACAGCCCAGACCAAUAUUCCCCUUUUAGAGCCAUCAACCCAGCUAGAAGAAGACCAAGACGACACCCAACUUUCCCGUUCCCUCCACCGUUUAGAGACCUUUCUAAGGCUCUUUGGCUUCUGCCAAUAUUCCGUCUUCAGCUUCUCUAUAUCCUGGUUCUUGUUCCUGCUUCUCGGUAUUACUCUUCCACUUCUCAUCAUUUUGCUCUCCUAUUGUUCCGGUUGUUACAAGUACGAGAUCAAGAGUUUUGAGCUUGAGAUUCUCGUAUCUCAGUUUCUCGUCUCUGCCAUUUCUCUUUUCUGCAUCUCUCGCAAUCUGCGCAAAUAUGGGAUAAGGAAGUUCCUGUUUGUGGAUAGGUAUCAUGGUCACGUGGAACAGUUUCGUGAGGAAUACGCAAAGAAGAUAGAUGAUUUCUUCCGUUUGUUGGCAGCGUGGAUAUUACCAUGUUUCAUUGUAAAGGCUGCUCGAGAAGUCACUCGGGUUGUCUAUGCCUAUCACGAUUCAUGGUGGAGAUCAGUCGUAAUGCUAACUGUUUUGCUCGUGUCCUGGAGUUAUUCAACUGUCAUCUAUUUAUCAGGCAGUGGCUUGUUCAAUUUGGUGUGUAAUUUGCAGGUGAUACACUUUGAGAAUUAUGGGAAGCUUCUUGAAAGGGACUCGGAUCUCUCUGUUUAUAUGGAGGAACACAUACGUUUGACGCAUUAUUUAUCCAAGAUAAGCCACAGGUUUCGAAUAUUUCUCCUCCUAGAAUUCCUGGUUGUGACGGCUAGUCAGUUUGUAGCUCUGUUGGAAACCACAGAAAACCGUGGAAUCAUCAAUUUCAUCAAUGGUGGUGAUUUUGCAGUCAUCUCCAUCGUUGAGCUUGUUGGAAUAAUAAUCUGCCUGCACGCAGCUGCAAAAAUCUCACAUAGAGCCCAAGGUCUAGCUUCAGUAGCUAGCCGAUGGCAUGCUUUAGUUACCUGCAACUCUAAUGAUACCUCUCAAUCAGUUUCAAUUAGUAAUGAUGAUGGAGGCUUGGAAGCAGCCCAUCUACCAGUCCCAAUGCCUAUAAAUUACUCAGAAACUGAUUUGGAGGCAGUUGAUUAUGUGCCUGUUCCAACCAAUACUCAAAUGGCUUCGUAUAUGUCCUUGUAUCACGAGCGACAAGCCUUUGUCAUGUACUUGCAGUUCAACCCAGGCGGAGCCACGGUUUACGGAUGGAAAAUUGAUCGGGCGCUUGUCAGUACCAUUUUUUUCAUAGAGCUUUCACUUGUUCUUUUUGUGCUUGGGAAAACACUGACUUUCACUACCAAAUGAGACGAUUGUUAAUUUUCCUUUCUAUAACGACUCUCAUUAACAUCUUCCUUGUAA